UUUCAGUUUUGGACUGAUUCGCAGUUGUCCAUUUGCUCAAAAGUCUUCGAAUCCAUUCCUCCUCUCGGCUGUUCUCUGCUGAAAAUUCACUGACCUAGCAGGCACACGCACAGAUUCCACGUUUGUGAGGGUUUUGAUCGAUGAAGGAUGAUGGGCUCCAGGCAUAAACGGCAGCAACGCCCGCGGCUCGACCGGCGGAACGCCAGGAAAGACAUUGAUUACGACGCCGAUGCUACACCGUCGUCUUCGUCUUCGUCUUCCAGAUCGUUUUCGGGCGAUCAAUCGGUUUACAAAACGAGGUCGCUGGACUUGUCGCCGUUGUCCGAUCGAACCAGCUUCCGUAUCGAAGGAAUUGAAGGACAGGUGGAUCAUAUUUUCCAGCAGCUCGGUCUCGGACUCGACGACUUCUCGAUUCCUGUGGCGGCUUGGGAGGCGAGGAAGAUUUUAUCUCCUUCGAGCAAUUUUUGGGGUUCUGGUGACCGGAAUUGUGCGAGUGAGGUGUCGGACAGUUUUCGCUCUGGAAUUAGGGCUGAUAAUGGCGAAGACAAUGCUAGGGAUGUGAUGAGUUCAGAUUGUUGUCGAGACAGCAAUGGUAAUGUGCAAAAUAAGGUAGUUGCUUCUAGUGGAUAUGGAAUUAACGGCACUAGGCCGCCGAAAUUGGUGCCUCCACAGUUGCUUACAGUCAUGGAAAAUGCAAGUGACUCAGGUGAGUUAGUGGACAGCAUCGGAGCUGGGUUAAGUGAAGAUGAUGAUACAGCCAAGGAUAGAAAUGUGUUGAUUUUGGACUCUGAGACUGUUGAGGAAGACAAAGUGAUAACAGAGGUUGUAAGUGCUGUUGGUCCACAGAAAUUGGCUCCUCCACCUGUGAAGAUGCGUUCGAUUGUGGAUGAUACUAGCUCCACCUGGGAUAUAUUCAAAGGAUUCGGCCCUCAAGAGGGUCAGGAUUCGAAGUCUCCGAGAGAUGUCAUUAGCCACAGCCAUUUGAUUGACAAAGUUGAAGAAAAUGUGGAUGUUGAAAGGAGAUAUAAUAGUGGAGAGCAAGAAGAGAGGGAGGAUUCAGUGAAAAGGGAUAAGGGUGUUGGUUUGGAGAUACCUACGGAUUCCUUGAACGACGAAAAUGGUUAUUAUGUGUCGCCAAAUGGUUCUUUAAGAUGUGGUAUCAAGUCCUGGCAGAAGGGUGAUUUUCUUGGAAGUGGAUCCUUUGGGACUGUCUAUGAGGGCUUCACUGAUGAUGGAUUCUUUUUUGCUGUAAAGGAGGUAUCAUUACUAGACCAGGGUAACCAAGGCCAGCAAAGCAUAUACCAGCUUGAACAAGAGAUAUCCCUUCUUAGCCAGUUUCAGCAUGAGAACAUAGUUCGCUAUUUGGGCACUGAUAAAGAUGAUGCUAAACUGUAUAUCUUCCUUGAGCUUGUGACAAAAGGUUCACUUGCAAGGCUGUACGGAAAAUAUCAGCUUAGGGACACGCAAGUCUCUGCAUAUACAAGGCAGAUUUUGAGUGGGCUGAAUUACCUCCAUUGCAGAAAUGUAGUCCACAGGGAUAUCAAAUGUGCCAAUAUAUUGGUAGAUGUACGUGGUUCUGUUAAGCUGGCUGAUUUUGGAUUGGCUAAGUCUACGAAGCUGAAUGACAUAAAAUCUUGCAAAGGCACACCAUUUUGGAUGGCCCCAGAGGUUGUGAACCAAAAGAGCCAUGGCUAUGGUCUUGCUGCUGAUAUCUGGAGCCUUGGGUGCACUGUACUGGAAAUGUUAACUGGUCAAAUUCCUUACUCGAAUUUGGAAGGGAUGCAAGCACUAUUUCGGAUUGGUCGGGGACAACUUCCUCCCAUACCCAAUACCUUAUCAAGAGAUGCCGAAGAUUUUAUUCUCAAAUGCUUGCAAGUUAACCCCGAUGAACGUCCCUCUGCUGCUCAACUAUUGGACCAUCCAUUUGUUAAGAAGCCACCUCCCACUUCUCCCAUCUCCAUGCAAUCUCCACACCGCCACGCCACGUGGUAAUAGAUAGGAGGCAAAACCUUCAGAAUGAUCCAGACCUGUCCAAAGGCCUCCACCUGUCCAAAGGCCUCCAGGAAGAAUCACGCAGCUGUCGCCACCAAAGAUCUUUGUAAGAACUCGUUUGGAAUGCUGCGUGUAACCAACCAGCAGCUGAAUGAUGUACUUUAUGAUCACUCUCAUUUAUUUCUUACAAAGACAAGAUCAAGAUCCAAGAAUGUGGUAAGCAGCUGAUCAUCCUCCCUCCCAUUUGGUAUGCAGAAGAACUACUAACUAACUAUAUGUGUUUGGGGGGAGAUCUUUGUGAACCAAAAAUCACAUUUUGAAAAAAAAAAACAAAGACCAAAAGCACGUGGGG